CUGAAGGCAGCGCGACACCACUACCACAUCCGGGACAUUCAGCAGUUUCACAUGUCAGUUGGUUCAGCUGUCAAGACUUUCAUGCAUGUGAAGAAGCUCCGGCAUCUAUUCUGGUUUUGACCACGUCUUUCUUUCGACAAAAGAGAUGGCGCUGAUGGGAAUUCAGCUGGUGGUCAGCUUGCUGGCUGCCAGCAUUAUGCAGAGGAUGGCUCCACACUGCUCAUUUGCACGCUGGCUAAUCUGCAAUGGCAGUUUGUUCCGGUUCAAACACCCGUCAGAAGGAGAGCUGUGUGCAUUGGCUGGAAAGCAGAUGCCUAAACAGACCAGGAGAGACAGGAGACAGAAUGGGGAGAGCAAGCCUCUCACUGUGCCUAAAGACAUCGACCUUCACCUGGAGAAAACUCCAGUCAACGCCAUUGACGCUCUUGUGCUGCGUUUUUUCCUGGAGUACCAGUGGCUGAUAGAUUUUGCAGUCUAUGCAACAGGUGUCUUCCUGUUCACGGAGUGUUACUACAGUGUUGUGGAUGCCAGCAAAGAGGUCAAUAUCGGAGCCAUCUGGUGUGUCUUGACUGUUCUCUUCAGUCUAAAGACCCUUCACACUCUGAUGAGCCACUACUUCCGCUCUGAAGAGGGCGGCGAGCGCUCGGUGUGCCUUGCCUUUGGCUUCCUGUCUCUGCUCGUGGCCAUGCUGGUGCUGGUGGUCAGAGAGGACUACCUGGAGUUCGGCCUGGAGUCGGGCUUUUCCAACCUCUUUGACAACUUGGAAGUCUUUGCCAAACAGCAGGGCUACGCUGACUGGUCAAUCCCAGUGACCAAGCUGACAGUGAAGCUCGUUCUGGCUGCUAUCUGUUCUUACAUUGGGGCUCUCCUGGCCUUCCCCGGCCUGCGAAUGGCUCAGACUCAUCUAGACGCUGUACAGAUGAACUCCGACCGACCACUCAUCCAGAUUCUGCUGCAUAUGAGUUUCCUGUCUCCAGUCAUUGUGCUGGUUCUGUGGGUGAAACCCAUUGCACGGGACUUCCUGGCCAAUGCACCUAUGGGGAAGAACUCUGUCACAUUAGUUUCCAGUGAAACAUUUGACAGCAUGCGCCUGUGGAUCAUCGUGGCGUUGUGUGUGCUGCGGCUAGCGCUGACUCGUUACCACCUGCAGGCCUACCUCAAUCUGGCUCAGAAGUGGGUAGAGCAGAUGAAGAAGGAGGCGGGGCGUAUCGCUGCUAUUGACAUUCAGAGGAAGGUCACACGUAUCUUUUGCUACCUGACUGUAAUUACUCUCCAGUAUCUGGUUCCAGUUUUUCUCAUCCUGUUCUCCACGCUGGCACUCAAGGCACUAGGGGACUUUUCCUGGGUGGCCGGUGCGGAGCAGACCCCCGCGGUAACCCCAGCACUGGUGAUGCCCACAGCAGCGCCCGUGCUGCCCGGGGGUCUCGACGAAGAUGACGAGGGGAUGGAGGAUAUGGAGGAGGACAUCCAGGCCACAGUGGCACACCUAACCGAGGCCUUCGCAGCGCUGCGGUCCGUCCUCACUCCACUUUUCUUCCGGGGUUUCUUCGCCUUCCUGACGUGGUGGGUGGCUGCCUGCCAGGUCAUCAGCUCUCUGUUUGGAAUCUACUUCCACCAGUACCUGAUGCAGAACUAACUGAGGGAGACGGGAGUGCCACACGGUUCUACUAUCCUUCGCAACAGCAUAACAACAGAUAAAGGGGACAUUUCAUUAAAAACACGCAAAUGCAGACCGAAUGCACUCGUUUGUGGCCAAAACAGAAGUUUUGGUCAAGGUUUGUUGCGAGGAGACAGGUGAUGGACACGGUCUGUUGCAAUAUUGGUUUGUUGCCCUUAGGGCUUUUUGUGGCCAGGAGGCUACUGGUAUCAACAACACAAAUACAGAGAGAACUACUGGGGUCUGUUUUACAAAGCAAGUUCAACUUAGUCUGGCUCUCUUUGGGUUACCCGGCUUCACCGAGUCUUUACAUUGGCGGCCUUUGACAACCAGUGCCGCAAAGCUGGUUUUCACCUGGCUCAGUGAACUCUUGAGUUAACUCUGGGUUAACUGAUCCAGCUACGGCUGCGUUCGCGUGAAAGAGGCACAGCUUUUGAUUGCAUGCAACAUCAAAAGAACCGUGAGAGGAUUACGUAAUAUGACACAGAACAACUCGCAGGGAAAUUAGGUUAUUGUGCUAGUCAAAGGUGAUAUUCAGCGUACAAGUAGAAUAGGAUUUAAGAAAAAAAAAAGCUUUAGAAAUAAGAGGACCUAUUUCUAAGUAUGGCUAUAUAUAAGUGUAAUGCUGUGUUCCCACUGCUGUUUUGCACCCGACAAAGCAUGAAUUCAGACUUUUUACAAAUUUCUAUCCGUUGAUUGCAAUUAACAGGAGCAGGUCAGCUGUGCAGCAUAUAGAUUACCAUGGUGGUCUACCUUGGCUGAACGUGAGCCAGCUUUGUGAUACCGGAGAACGACUUAAGCCCAAAGAUAUCCAGCUAACCCACUUAUCUCGCUUCAUGAUACAGGCCCCCUGGUCAUCGUCCAGCUGUUUCAGUGGAACAUUUUCCUGCAACUUUUCAGAUGUUUCUAUGCCAAUGUUACCUGAACUGUUCCUAAUAGAACAUUUAUUAAAUGGUACCAAGGUAGGUUUUAGGCAUUACUGCCUGUGUAGAUAAGACUUUUUAUUUUUGUGAGGGACUCUUUGUCCCCCUUAAAGAACCGAUUCAAGAGUGCUAAAUGGUUUGUGUUAUCUUUUUCUGCUGAAAGCUUUUGAUUGAAAACGUGUAGUAAAGCUUCUGAUCCAUCCUAUUACAUUAAACGCCGCUGAACGUGAAUCCUAACUGUGUUUGUGGCUGCGUAUCGGCCAAGAACCGGAGAGAUUUAGCUUUUAUCUAAGGAGUUUCCUUCAGUAUUCCUAAGUGCCUGGGAGCUCAGGGAUUUUGAGUCCAUUUUAAAAUGUCCUUUCUCCCUAAUCAUGCCGUAUUUAGAAUGCCGUAUGUUAUAGCUUUUAUUUUCAAACACUACUCACUGGCAGCAUUUUUAGUUGCAGUCUCUUAAUUAGCUCACAUCAGUUUUAUUUCGCUGUUUUUAUUGCCAAUUAGUCAUGUACAUGUCAGAUUUAGCAAAGCCUACUUUUGUGUCAGUGGAUUUUAUUUAUUUAUUUAUGAUACAUCGACUCAAAUAACGUUUGUUGUUUUAAAAAUGAUAGAGAUGAUGUAAUUCUGUUUGUGGCCAUUUCUGAUUUUAAGUGUGUUUUUUUUUUUUAGAUAGUUGAAUUGAAUGCUCUGAAAUCCUUGUACUGUGAACUUUAUAUGGAAAGUGUUACUUUUCUUCUGAAUGCAUGGUGUGCAAACUUUUGGCUGUAAUCUGACAUUUUUGUUUGUGGGGCUCAAUAAAACAUUUAAUAUUUUCA